AUGAGUCAGACAUUAUCGCGCCGCGACACACAAGCCACCAAAAAGGAAAAAGUCACAUUUGGGGGACGAAUGAAGAAGAUAUGGCAGAAAAUUGGGUUGGAUCGGCAGACUCUUAUUCUGAUGAUGAAAGGCGGAUUGGCUCCUACAAUCGCGGUCGCCAUAUACCAAGCCACAGAUGUGGCAGAUGAAUACACGACACUCGGCUACCUUAUGGCCAUUGUGUCAAUUUUUGGAUUUGCUAUCAUGCCUCGUGCAAAAUUCAUCCAGAUGAUGAUCUUUGAUGUCUUAGCCGUCUGCAUAGCAGCCUGCUUGGCCUUGUUGACCAUGUACUCCAGUGUCAAGGCACGGCAGCACACCGAAACAGGAACGACUUCGGCGUACAAUUCAUCGGCAUCAGCAGUCAGUGGGGUUUGGCUCUUUUUCCAGAUUUGGCUCGUCCACGCGUUCCGGGCCAAGUUCCCGCAAUUUCAAUUUCCAGUUGUUCUCUAUUCGAUCUUCGCCAAUGUCUCGUCGAUCUAUGCCCCACAGGAAGCUAGCAUGACUUCUGCGAUCGCGCUUGUGGUCAAAUUGCUGAAAACCUGUCUCACCGGACUGGCCUUGUCAAGUGGAGUAUCACUUUUUGUCUUUCCUAUGACUUCGCGAAAAGCGGUGUUCAAACAAAUGGGUGGGUAUAUUGGUAGCCUCCGCACAGCAUUGAGCGCUCACGCUGUAUACUUUGAGUCUCUGGAAAGGGACGACAUGUUUGGCCGAGCGGAGACGUACGAUUCACACCAAGAGAAAUGGGGAAAGAAAGGCAAAGUGUACAGCCCCGAGGCGGAAGCCAUCCGUAGCGCGGUCCGGGGAAUUACCGAUCUUCAUGCGAAACUCCACGGUGAUCUGACUUUCGCCAAAAGAGAGUUCGCGCUUGGGAAACUUGGGCCAGAUGACAUCCAGUCCAUCUUUCGUCACUUGCGCCAAAUCAUGGUUCCUGUGGUGGGAUUAUCCUUUCUAGUGGAACUCUUUCAACGUCUCUCCGAGUUUAACUCGUGGAAUGAGCCGAUUAAUGAAAAUGAUGAACCUAUUCCUGCUCAUGUUCGUGAACAGGUUGUCAGGGAUUGGAAUGAUAUUAUGAGGGCGGUGCACGACCCCUUUGCGACGAUGAUACAGACGAUCGACGAGGGGUUGCUUCAUACUUCCUAUGUUCUCCAUCUAGCAAAGCGCCCAAAGAGAGUGGCUGUGACAUCCACUGGUAGUGAGGGCGCAGAGGAGGAUGAGAAGGACGUGGAGGCCUCUGCCGGUAACAUGGCACCCGGCGACAAGGGAUUUGCGGAACACUAUGAGCAAAGGUUGAAAGAAUUCCGGAGUGCAAAGAAAAUUGCCUUGCAAACAUGGGCAGAAGAGAAAGGGAUUUCUCUGCCGUCUGACUUUUUUGAUCAUCCACCUGUUGACAGCUUGAAGGGCGAUUUCUUCGAUGCAUCCGCUUCGUAUCAAGACCGGAGUCGUCGCCAGUUGUACCUUUUCCUCUAUAUGGAGCAACUUCUGUACUCCACGGGUCAGACUGUUCUUGAAUUUGUGCAUUACGCGGAUGGCGUUGCUAGGAAAGGAAAGCUACUACGGAUGAGAUUCAUUAUACCAGGGUCCAAGCGAUCACUUAAAUGGGCGAAAACGUUCAUGAGUGCUCCUGAUCAUGAAGAGGAUCAUUUGGGAGAUAUCCAUACACAAAGCAGUUCUCUGGAACUUGGCGAGGCAUACCGAAGACGAAAAGACCCCGAACAUCUGCCUCCAUCCAAUGCCUUCCAGAAGGUGGGUGAUAAGCUUCGAGUACUCCCAAGGUUUCUUCGCUCCUUCGAAUCAUCAUACGGGUUUCGUGUUGCUUGUGCUACGAUGACCAUUGCAGUCAUUUCUUUCUUGCACCCCACGCAGCACUUUUUUACCAAGCAGCGUCUAGUGUGGGCCAUGAUAAUGGUCAAUCUGAGCAUGUCACCUACAUCGGGACAGAGUAUCUUCAGCUUUGUGCUUCGAAUCAUCGGUACCACCAUUGCGAUGGUAGUCAGUCUGCUGAUUUGGUAUAUACCCGACCAAAAGACACCAGGCAUCAUUGUGUUCCUGUUCAUCUUCGUUUCAAUUGGCUUCUACAUUCCAGUCAAGUUAUUCCGGUUCCGCGUCGUUGGACUCAUCAGCGUUGUCACAACAACCAUGAUUAUCGGAUACGAGCUCUCUGUCCGAAAAGUCGGGAAAGAAGUCGCAACCUCGAAUGGGCAAGCCUAUUAUCCUAUUUAUGAGCUGGCGCCAUACCGUCUAGCUGCGGUGAGUGGUGGUAUCUUCGUGGCAUUCAUCUGGACGUUUUUCCCAUACCCCAUCUCAGAACACUCGGUGCUCCGACAGAGUCUUGGAGCGUCUCUAUAUCUGCUGGCCAAUUAUUACUCUAUUAUUCACGAGACGCUAUCUGCUCGUAUCCGUGGUGAUGAAGGUGACAUCUCGUUGAAAACCUCGGCCGGCCGCAAGUUAGAAAAGGCUCGGAACAAGGUCUUCUCGAAGCAGAUGCUCAUGCUGGCUAGUCUGCGAACUUACUCCGAGUUCUUGACGUGGGAGGUUCCUAUCGGUGGAAGGUUUCCCAAGCAGCAGUACGACUCGAUUAUUGUCUGCGUUGAAAACAUUGUGAGCUACCUCAGUUUACUCGGGUACGCAUCAGACACCCUAAUGCGUCUUAAUGAUGACGACGACGAAUCAGGAUCAGUUUGGAUGCACGACUUCCGGCGUCUAGUCAGUAACGCCAAGGUCACUACACACGAAGUGACAUCCCUGUUGUGUCUUCUGUCGGCUAGCAUUACCAAUCGCCAGCCAUUGCCUCCGUACCUCAAGACUCCACGACCCUACAGCUUUUCUAAGCGACUUGAGGCUUUGGACAAAGAUAUUUUAAGUAUCAAGCACAUUGCCGAGCCAGGCUUCGCAGCAUUCGCCGUCUUGCAAAUUUCCACUCGCUGUAUAGUAGGAGAUGUGGAAAGACUCAUGCGGCAUGUAAAAGGCCUUGUUGGGGAACUUGAUUUCUCUUUCCACGCCGUCAGCACAACAGAUGCGAGAAUGACGCACUCUAGAAUGACAUCUCGAGCUCCGUCACGAGUUUCAGUUAAUGAAACCCAGGCCGCCGACCGCGACAAAGCGGAUUGA